UAGAGACAUAGAGGAAGUGUGGCACUUCUCCAUACAUCUCUUUCACUUCACUCAGUGAAGACUGCCUUUUUUAGUGAUUUCUUUGACAUAAUUGUGUGUGGGCUAAAUUGCCUAUUAUUGCUGUGCGUGUGUUUCUCCAGGCUCACUUCAUCGCCCGGGUGCCUGACCUUUCUCCGCUGGUUCAGAGUCUGCUCUACCUCAAUCUGUCUUUUAACAACUUCACUGUGUUCCCUGUGGAGGUAUGUGAGCUGCCCAAGUUGGAGGUCCUGAAGCUGAGAGAUAAUCCAAUAGAGGAGAUUCCAGCUGAGAUUGAGAAGCUGCUCAAACUGAAGACCCUGGUCAUCUCCUUCUGCAAGAUCGCUAUGCUGCCCUCCCAGUUAUAUCGCCUGCCGUCUCUGCAGCACCUGGACGUCUCUCACAACCUCAUUAGCUCCCUGAACAACGAGAUCAAAAACCUCAGGGUGCUGCAGUACGUGAACGUAGAGGGGAAUCAGUUGGAGGGUCUGCCGGUGGGGAUCCUGAGUUUGUCUCUGUCUGAGCUCCGGCUGGGGGGGAACUACACACACCCUGUGCUGUGGACCCUUAACAGUGUGAACUCUCCACCGUCCCUCUUGCACACUGCAGCGCACGCCCUGGCUCUCAUACAGCCUGAACAGCGCUACAGCACUCUGCCCCCUGCAGCCCGCCUCGUCCUCAGCAGGGCAAGUGUGUGUGAAUGCUGUGGUGGUCCCUGGUUUGGCCCCGGGCUGAAGCUGAUCCGGCCCAUUUACGGCCUCUUCGGCCUCAGCAGCGUUCCCAUCCUCUUCCUCUCCUGCUCUGCCUCCUGCUACUCCAGAUUCAGGAAACAGUCACACCCCCUCACACAGCCCCUUCACACGGGCUAG